UAAUCGAAUGAUAAGAUUUGGAAAGAAUUGAACCUAACUGUUCAUGACAGUUAAAGUGGAUAGAUACAGUAUUAAAUCAAACUAUGUUUGGAACGUGUCAUUUGAUUUUUCUUUGUUUUAUUAAGUUUGAAUAAUGUUUAUUAAAAUAGGAUAUAUUAAAAUGUUUCUUUUAUUUUGCGUCACAUAUUUUGUAUUUUUCGUACCAUGUUUAGCUAGUAAAGAACUUGAAGAACAUGGAGUUAAGUACGCUAAUCAAUGUGAAGCAUGUAAAGUCGUAGCUACAGAAUUAGAAGCAAGAUUAGAUGAAACUGGAAAAACGCAUGAUGUACUUGAAAUUGGAUAUUCCGUUGAUGAUAUUGCUCCUAAAAAGAGAAAAGAAUAUAAAAAAUCUGAAUUACGUUUGGUUGAAUCAAUGGAAAAUAUUUGUGAACGUAUAUUACAAUACAAUAUUCAUAAAGAGCGAACGGAUAGUACAAGAUUUGCGAAGGGAAUGAGUCAAACAUUUAAAACCCUUCAUGGAUUAGUAGACAAAGGUGUCAAAGUAGAAUUAGGAAUCCCUUACGAAUUGUGGGACAAUCCUUCGGUAGAAAUUACUACAUUAAAAUCACAAUGUGAAAAAUUACUAGAGAAUCAUGAACAGGAUAUCGAGGAUUGGUAUUAUAAUUAUCAAGGAAAAGUUCCUUUAAUGAAAUAUUUGUGUACAGAUAGAGCUCUUAAGGGACAGGAUGAUACGUGUCUUAAAGAAAAAGGUGAUACUAGAAAGAAUAUUAAUAAAAAAGAAAAAAGAAAAGAAAAGAGAAAUAUUAAUAUAAAAGAUGGAACGGAAAGUAAUAAUAAUAAUAAUAUAAAAGAAGAAUUAUAAUAUAUAAGUAACAUAAUAAUUAAAUGUACAUUAGAUUUUUUAUAUAGUUUUUUUUUUUAUACAUACUUUGUAAGAAAAUUAUUUUAAUUUAUUACGAUAAUUCGUAAACUGUGAAAAAUACAUCUAAUGUAAUAGUAAAUAAUUCAAAGAGGUGCCAUUUCU